ACGGCGAAAAGGAGCGGGGGGGGGGGGAGUGACGUAGUUCCGGCGGGGUCGGUCGGAGCGCGGAGUUUGAGCGGGCCCUCAGGACAUCCUCGUGCUCCAGUCUUGGAGCCCGACCAGCCCCCGGGCUUCUCGGAGCCCCCUUGCAGCAGCGCGAGGAAGAAGAGGCCCCGUGAGGAAGAGCUCUCACCGCCGCCUCCUGGGACGGAGGAGGGCUGACACCUGCGGUCUGACUUGUACCAGAGUCGUGGAGGAAGAUGGAGGAAAGGAAAGCGUACUCACGGGAUGGGGUGUUAGCUCACCUGGAGAUGCUGGAGGCACAGGCUCACGAGCUGGCCCUGAAGCAAGAAGAAAAGGAGCAGCAAGAGGAGAAGCUGGCUGGACUGAAAGCCAGGGUGCAGGAGCUGAGAGCCCAGAGGGAUGAGCUGCGGGCGAAACUGGAGCUGCAGCAAAAGCGGCUUCUGGAGAAAGAAGGGGUCGAGACGGAUCCAGAGCAGCCCAGCGCUCAGGCUGUUCUGGAGUGGAAGAUAAAAAGCAUUAAGGCCCUGCUGCAGCUCUUUUACCUCACAGGGAUCAGCGGGAAGCUGACCAAGCGGGGAGUGUGCUUCUGCGUCAGCACUGCUUACGAGGGCACCUACCUGGAGUCCUACUACCUGGACGUCCUCACCAAGCCAGAGGUGCAGAUUCAACGCCACUCCGUCCCCAUCUUCAUCCCCUUGGAGCAGAUCGCCAAGAAGUACCUGCGGACGGACAUCAGGCGCUUUCUGUCUGUCCUGUCGGACCACCUGAACGCUUACGCUGGGCGGAGGUACCAGGCGGACCAGUUACAGGAACGCUUUUCAGACUGCCUAGAAGGGACCUUGCAGAGGAACUCCUUGUGUAACUUGUUGGUCUUUCGUUACAACGUGUCAAGCGACAGCAGGAGCUUUCUGUUCACCGCCAAGCUGCUUUACGCAGAUCUCUGUCGCAGCCUCCCUACCGAAGCCAUCGUUUCGUGCACACCCAACGCUCCCGCGGUGCUAGCAGAGAUGGCAGCAGCUCACUCGGACGUGUUCCGCCGCGUGGCUCUGCACAAAGCCUUCGACUCGUUCAGCAAAGCUGAAGAAACCCAGGACAAAGCACUGAUAAGUCCCCCUGGCUCUCCCCAGUAACUCGCCUCCCCUCGGCUCCCCUGCCUGCGGGGCCUGCUCUCAACAUGCAAAUGCUUCCCACGGGCCCGGCGCUGUUGCUGAGAUCCCCCUGAGGAGCACUUGGCCCGCUUUGAAUCUUGAGAGCAGUGUUUCCUGGAGGCUUCUGGGUGUCUGAUGCAGGUAAUCUUUCCUCAGCGCUGUGAUUCUGCGUGAUUUGAUUGCUGCUCGUCAUGCGUCGCUGCGGCCGGUGCCCCAGAACUCUGUAGCUGCAGGAAAUUUUUGUGAUUAUAGUGAGAAACUAAUACUGAGACUUCAGCAGCUCGGUGCUUUUGGAACAACAGCCCUACGGAUCGCCUCUGCGCGUGUAUCCAGGCCUCAGAAAGCAGGGAGCAAGCAGAGGAAUCUCUGCCGUCCUUGCAACAGCCAGGAAAGGACUUAAGUUGGGAACUGGGAGGACUGGAGGACAGCUGUGGUUGUUAGGGCAGCCCCCCCAGCGCAUUAACAUCAAACUUUCCUGAAGAUUUCACGCCAGACACCAGCAGUGGCUUUGGACAUUCUGUUUCCUUCUCUUUGGGCACGGGACAGCUUUCAUGGUGUCCUGUCUUUGUGCUUCUGAGUUUGGAUCAGAUCUUAAAAACUUGAUGUUCUUAUAGGAGUAUUUUUAAAACUUAGUAACUUCAGUGACAUAGAACUUUUGUGGUAUUUAAAAAAUCUAUCGAUUCUUCUAGCCUUAUGACGUGUGGGUUGAGCAACAGGAUUUUCUUCUGCCCUGUUUUUGUGCCAGCCCCACAUGGGAUAAGGCAUGUGGAAAUAGCUCUGUAAUUUGUUUUUUAAUUGUUUCUGUAGUUGUUCAAGCUCUUUGUCCAAACCGAACCCGUUUAAAUGUAACCUCCAGUUUACAAGGGUCGUAACUCCAGGUAGCGAUUCCUGCCCGUGAUGGUCAGAGCUCCUCACGGAGGAAGGCUCACCAGGCUGAGGCUGCUUUAGAGGAGCUGACAGGUCAUCAGGGUGCCUGCAUAAGGCCCGUCACCCCUCCGGGUUUAUAUCCCGGGGUGCAAACAGCCUCAGCUGCCUGCAUUUGGCAGGGUGGGUGAGGCUGCUGGUUUCUCCCUGCAUCAGCAUCGCUCCUGUUCCACGUGGGUGCUGCUUGCACCAGCAGCCAGGUCCUGCGAGUGCAGGGACAGAACGGGGAACAGCGCGGGCUGAGGAUGGGGAUUUUCUUUCCUUUUGAGGGAUGGGGUAGAGGUUAAACUCCUGUAUCAUUCAUAUUGCGGUUCCCAGUGUUUUGGGUCUCUGCUGCCAGAGCCAGCUGAGCCCCAACAAGGGAAAGGAGCAAAAGCCACCAAAGGCGUUGUGCUCCCCUGUGGGGACCCCUCCAGUAUUCCCUUGGAGAGGCAGCCAAGCCCUUCUCACUGUACCUGCAACCCCAGAACACAGCAGACGCAGAACCGGGCUUUGAAAUUCAACUGCUUUCUAUUCAAGAAACUAGUGGCGUAAUUACACUCUGGGUGUGCCUCCUCUCCCCCAGCCCCGGCAGCGUCAGGCUGAGCACAGCAGUCCCUUCUCGGCCGUUCCUGGUCCUCUCUUCCAUCAGGCAACAGCAGCGUGACAGCAGCUGACCCCAGCGUGUGCGAGAGGAGCUCUGCCACGGGGAGCGAAUGGGCACAGUUAAAAAUAUAAAUGU